AUGGCUGCUCCGGACAGCGUCCUUCCCGUUACCAGGGAAACGGCUGAGAUGAACAGAGACUACGAUUGCAAUUCACUGCCAGCAGAGGGCGCUGUGCACUGUUUCUGGAGGCCCUCAGGAGAUCUAACUAUUAAACCCGCACCGGUUGCCCGGGUGGGAUCUAAUGUUUCCGUAAUAUGCGUGAAGUCAGUGAACGAUUGCCACAUGGCGGAAAAAUUCACCUUUUCAUUAGAUAAUGACUACAACAUUCAACCGCACUGGAUGAAUGAGACGUCGGCCGUGCUCAGACUGUCAAACGUUACAAAGUCUUAUGUUAUUUAUUGUUUCUUCAAUUGCGUCGGCAUGGCGGUCCCGGUGAACUGGGAAAUAUUACGUGUGGGAUAUCCUCCAGAUCGUCCGUCCAAUUUGACGUGUUUCUCUGAGGAACUGUCCGCUGUCGUGACGUGUACUUGGGACAGAGGAUGGGAGACUUUCAUACCCACCAGCUACUCCGCUCACAUAAAAAAUUUGCAGUCGUCAGAGGAACACGUGAUCCUAGCAAGAGAAACUUUAAGUAUCGAGUUUAACCGAUCGAGGUACGAAGACUUUGCGUUUUAUGUUACGGCCACGAACGCCUUGGGCCGGUCCGAGUCCGAGCCGGCGUCCGUCCUGCUGGGGGAUAUAGUGGUUCCCAUUACACCGGAGAUCGUAACCAAUGGCAUUUUUAACAAACUUUUCAAAGUCGUCAUCCAGUGGAGGAGAGAAAUCAGCGGAAACAUCCGUUCCUGCGAGCUGGCGUAUAGAACGCCGCACAAAGCAGACUGGAUCUCGGUUGGGGAACAGAUAAUCAACGUUACUAAUGCGCUUUUCAUGAGGGUGGUCCUGGAAGCCGAAGCAUUGCGGGUCCGGUGCAGAGAGAGGAAAGGAAAAAGUUACUGGAGUGGCUGGAGUUUUCCCCAAAAUAUAACAGAAACAGGGCCUUAUGAGACAUUCAGUGUCUGGCGGGCAUUCGGUUCAGUGUCUUCCAACGGGAGCCAGAAAGUGACCAUUCUUAUUAAGCCGAAUCCUCCCGAGGUUCCCUGGGCGAGGCCGCUGGGAUAUAACAUUUUCUACGAAGUCGAAAAAGUCAGGAUUCCGGUUGGAAUUUGCCAGACGUCCGAGGUUCAGUGCCAGGCGCUGCUGCCCAGGGGUGUGAAAACCGUCUUCGUCGUGGCUUAUAACCUUCGCGGGGAGUCCGAGCCGACUCCAGUGCCAGUGCGGAGAGACAGUAACGGCUUCCCUGCCCCGCGGAAUCUGACAGUAACAUCCGGGCUGCAGACGUCCGUCCCCGUUCAGUGGGAGCCCCCGGAAGAGUCAGAGAACUCCCUUCUAUGGUUCGUUGUACAGCGGGCCCCUGAUGCUUGUGACGGGAAACCCCAAAAUAUUUCAUGGGACAUCGUACCCAAGGACCAGAAACAGUUCAUCAUAGAAGACAGAAUAGAGGCCGGGCGGAGGGUCUCCGUUUCUCUGUUUGCAGUGUACGAGGCCGGAGUUAGUCAACCGACCAUAAAUUAUGGAUUUUCUAAAGAGUUACAGCCCAGGAAAGGACCCAAAGACAUCAAAGUGAAAUAUUCCGGAGCGGCGGCUCUGAUUCGGUGGGAGGAGGUCCCGUUCUGCGAUCAAAAAGGGUUUAUUAUUAACUACACUUUGCGUCUGAGGGAGGAUCUCGGGAGAUCCAUCGCCCAAAACAGAUUUGCGUUUAGUGCUAUUAUUAUUCUUUUUACAGACGCCUCGGCGAGGAACUUCACAUUUCAACAUUUAAACCCGAAUAAAAUGUACAAAGUCUGUAUUUCUGCAUCAACGACUGCGGGGGAAGGGCCCAGAGAGACGUGCGCCCUGCUGCAGCCGGAUAGCGGUUUGGGAGGUCACAUCGAGCUGCUGCUGGGAAUCGGCUCCGCGGCCGCCGCGCUCACCUCGUUCACGCUGACAGUAAUGUAUAAGAAGAAGAUCCGGGAACGGGUUAAAACCUUCGCCGUAUCGUGGAUUCCGGGAUUUCUCUGCGAAGUUUACCCCCGCGUUGAAAACAGCACAGCUCUGCAGGCUUUGCAGGGAAUUAAGGAGGCGUCCGGCUUCGGCCCCUUCACAUCGUAUGGUGACCCCGAAAUCGUAGAGGUGCAAGAAAUUCUGGCGCCGAAACCAACAAGCCCUCCAAUCCCAGCGGCGGAGCCGUCCACCAAUCCACCGGAAAGCCCUCUGCUUCCGGCCCCCGCGGAUGUUAAAGGGCCGGAGGAGACCCCCGGCUAUCAGCCCCAGGCGGUGAAGGGGGUCCCACCGAGGAGGGAUUCCUAUUGCACCCCGUCGUUUAUGCUGGAGGUCCAGAGAGCCGCGGGGCUGUUGGCUGCGGGAGAGGAUUGUGGGAAUAGAAGUGUUUUAUUCCGGGACGCAGCGUCCGCCCUGAAGGGGUUGUUUUUCCGGGACGCGGAGCUGGUGGUUUCAGAGGAUAUCGGGGAGGACGACCUUUCAAUCGUUCUCCAGGCUGACGACGCAACGGCUGCCAAGUUUUUAAGGGGUCCGCCUGAUCUCUGCCUCCCUGGGGGGGCCAUGGAGUUCACCGACAUGGGGGGCUACUUCCCGCAAACGCUGGCAAAAGGAAAUUAGGGGCCCAAAAAAUAAAAAAAAUGUACGACACCGGACCUUAGACUGGUCUGAAAUGAACUGCACGGCCCUGGCGAUGAAAUGGUUAAUUCCAUUAACCUUUGGUCUUAACAUGACUUACCGGACCGGAAUCCUACAACAACAGAGUGGGGCGGAAAAAACGGGAUGUGAUACAACUGGGACACAACCCAAACAGUGGGAGUUUGGGUGCAAAGUGCGAAAAUAUUCCUGAAAUCACCACUUUACACAAGAAAAAAAAACAAAAAAACUUUAGACGCUUCGAUAACGGGAAGUUUUACUUUUACUGUUAAGGUGAUAGAUGAGUGGGACAGCCUCCCAGCAGAGGUGGUAGAGGCUACUACAGUGAGGGGAUUUAAACGUGCAUGGGGUAGGCAGACGGCUCCUUUGGCAUGGAAAGGGUUAUAAUAAUUGUGUCGGUGAAAGUGAAAUUGGCAAAAAAAAAAA